AUGGGCGACAACACGAUCUACUCGUUCAGCGAUCUUCCGAUUGAUGCGAAUUUGGGGGAGUACGACAUUUAUAUUGAGCGUAUGCGGACGAUCCAAUACCCAAUGCUGAAAGAUAGCCUCUACCUCGACCACGCCGGAACUACACUGUAUCCCAAGUCCCUACUUGAUAGGUUCCAUCAAGAUAUGGUGUCCAGUCUUCUCGCCAACCCGCACUCUGCUUCUCCAUCAAGUCGAAACGCAACGGAGAUGGUCGACUCUGUUCGUCUAGAAGCACUGCGGUACUUCAGAGCCGACCCAUUGCAUUUCGAUCUAAUUUUCGUGGCCAACGCUACUGCUGGCAUCAAGCUGGUCGCUGAGGCCAUGAGAGAGCAGGAAGGAGGAUUCCGGUACGCAUAUCAUGUAGACUCUCACACCAGCGCUGUGGGCGCGAGAGAGCAUGCAGUGCACCAUAAAAGGGCUCGCGAAUCCCUUUAUGGAAGGACCUACACACUUCUGGACGCGGCCGCUUUUGUCUCUACAUCUGCUCUUGAUCUAAGCGAUGCCAGUAGCGCCCCUGAUUUUACGACUCUCAGCUUCAACAAGAUCUUUGGGUUUCCGGACCUGGGUGCUCUCAUUGUCCGAAAGAAUGCAGCUCAUCUGUUUGAUAGGCGUCGAUAUUUCGGCGGCGGCACCGUUGAAAUGGUAGUCUGCUUGAAAGAGCAAUGGCAUGCCAAGAAAGCCGGGCCUUUGCACGAAAGGCUGGAAGACGGCACACUGCCUAUACACAGCAUCCUUGCUCUGAAGUCUGCCAUAGAGACGCAUUGGAACCUGUACGGCUCCCAAGACCGAGUGGCAAAGCAUACAUUAGAUCUGGCCAACCGACUUUACGAAGGACUGGCAGCACUCCAACAUGGUACCGGCGAGCAUGUCUGUACGAUUUACAAGCAUCCCGAGUCAUCCUACGACGAGCCUUGUACACAAGGUCCCACGGUAGCAUUCAAUAUCAAAGACAGCAAGGGUACAUGGGUAAGCACGUCGGAGGUCGAGAAAUUGGCCGUAAUCAAGGACAUUCACUUACGGACUGGCGGUGUCUGUAAUCCUGGCGGGGUGACACAGGCAUUAGGACUCGAGCCAUGGGAGAUGAAGGAGAAUUUUUCUGCGGGGCAGCGGUGUGGUGGAGAGGAUGAUAUCAGGAAUGGCAAGCCCACGGGUGUUGUUCGACUUAGUCUGGGCGCCAUGAGCACAAGAUCAGACGUUGAACGUUUCUUGGUCUUCAUGGAUGAGUUCUUUGUUGAUCGAAACUCAACGAUGAGGGAGUGGUCAUCGACAGCCGCUGGACCAACCCCCACAUGGCACGUUGAAAGCUUGACUGUGUAUCCGGUCAAAAGUUGUGGAGGCUGGCAGAUUCCCGAUAAUAUGAGGUGGGAGGUCCGACGAGAAGGCCUAGCGUGGGAUCGAGAAUGGUGUAUCGUACACCAAAUCACUGGCAAAGUAUUGUCCCAGAAGCAGUAUCCUCGAAUGGCUUUGAUACGACCAGUGCUCGACUUCAAGGCUGGUCAAUUGUGUCUCAGUGGACCAGGAGCCAAGCAGAAAAUCACUGUGCCUCUUUCCCAGGAUCCAAGCUAUCUGGAAGCGCUUGACCUUUCGCAUAUAGACACUAUAGUCUGUGGUGACCCGAUCAAGGCACGAUCAUAUAGCUCGUCUGUGAUCGCAGACUUUCUCAGCGGAGUGCUUGACGUACCAUGCACUCUUGCCAGGUUCCCAGGUUCCAGCGGCACUGCAGCCUCGACAAGACAUAGCAAGGCGCAUCUGCAGACUGGAGUAAGGUCGACCUCGAUACCCCGGCCAAUACGUCUGAGCAACGAGUCCCCGAUCCUGACCAUUUCCCGAUCCUCGCUAAACCGACUCAAUGAGCAGAUCAAGGCCAAAGGUGGCAAGGCAGCUCACCAAUCCGCGUUCCGUGCUAACAUCAUCCUGUCCGAACGACCAGCAUCUCUGUCUAUUAAUGAAAGCCCGUGGGCCGAAGACUAUUGGUCGGGAAUGAAAGUCGGCAGUGAAGACGGACCUGUUCUGGACUUUCUUGAAGGCUGUAGGCGUUGUCAGAUGGUCUGCAUUGAUCAGAUCAGUGGAGAGCGCAAUCAGGAACCUUUCGUCACUCUUGCGAAGACGAGGAGGUUUGGUGGGAGGGUGUUGUUCGGUGUACACACCGCCUUGGCAAGUGGAUCGAAGAGUAACAUGAUCAGGAGUGGAGAUGUGGUUGAGGUUCACAGUUAG